UCAGAUUUCAGCAGUUGGUCUGUCAGCGGAACCUUUCUGCUGAAUUGCACUUGAACGGCAGUUUAACAAAAAAAACACACAAAGAUGGGCGAAAGGAUAAUGCAAGCGGCUCGAUGCCCGACAGACGAGCUGUCAUUGACCAACUGUGCCGUCAUUAAUGACAAGGAGCAGCUGUUUGAAGCACAUGUGACGGUGCGCAAUUUAGCCCACAAGUUUGUGUUCACCUUGACGAGGCAUCCCGGUGUUAGCCCUGGGAGCAUUGCCUUCAGCCUUCCACAGAGAAAAUGGGCUGGCCUGUCGAUUGGACAAGAGGUUGAAGUAAGAAACUACACGUUUGACAAGUCCAAGCAGUGUAUAGGCAGCAUGACAGUGGAAAUCGACUUCCUGCAGAAGAAGGUGGUGGACAGUAACCCCUACGACUCGGACAAAAUAGCCACCGAGUUCCUCCAGCACUUCAACAACCAGGCCUUCAGCGUCGGACAGCAGCUGGCGUUUAGCAGCUUUGACAAGCUGUUUGGCUUGCUGAUAAAGGAUAUUGAGGGCAUGGACCCCAGCAUCCUAAAGGGAGGAAAUUCAUCUUCUAAGAAACAGAAGAUUGAAAUCGGUUUAUUGCUGGGAAACAGUCAGGUGAUAUUUGAGAAGUCAGAGACUUCAUCCAUGACGCUGGUCGGGAAAUCGAAGACCCGAGACUCUCGGCAGUCCAUCAUCACCCCGGACUGGAACUUUGAGAAGAUGGGUAUCGGCGGCCUCGACAAGGAGUUUUCUGACAUCUUCCGUCGAGCCUUCGCCUCUCGAGUCUUCCCUCCAGACAUAGUGGAACAGAUGGGCUGUAAGCAUGUGAAGGGAAUCCUGCUGUACGGACCCCCGGGCUGCGGUAAAACCCUGAUGGCACGACAGAUUGGCAACAUGCUCAAAGCCCGGGAGCCAAAGAUCGUCAACGGCCCCGAGAUCCUCAACAAGUACGUUGGAGAGUCUGAGGCCAACAUCAGGAAGCUGUUCGCAGACGCAGAGGAGGAACAGAAGAGGCUCGGUGCAAACAGCGGCCUCCACAUCAUCAUAUUCGAUGAGAUCGACGCGAUCUGUAAACAGCGUGGCAGCAUGGCCGGCAGCACAGGAGUCCACGACACUGUUGUCAACCAGCUGCUCUCCAAGAUCGACGGAGUGGAGCAGCUCAACAACAUCCUGGUCAUAGGUAUGACCAACAGGCCUGACCUGAUAGAUGAGGCCUUGUUGAGGCCGGGAAGACUGGAGGUGAAGAUGGAGAUCGGUUUACCGGAUGAAAAGGGCCGCGUUCAGAUCCUCCAGAUCCACACUGCAAAGAUGCGUCUUCACGAUCUGCUGGCAGGCGACGUAAACAUCCCGGAGCUGGCGGUGGAGACAAAGAACUACAGCGGAGCUGAGCUGGAGGGCCUGGUCCGGGCCGCACAGUCCACUGCCAUGAACAGACACAUCAAGGCCAGUAACACGGUGGAGGUAAACAUUGAGACGGCAGAGAAGCUGCAGGUCAGCAGGCUCGACUUCAUGGCCUCGCUCAACAAUGACAUCAAACCUGCGUUUGGUACCAACCAGGAGGACUACGCCAGCUACAUCAUGAACGGAAUAAUCCGCUGGGGAGAUCCGGUCUCGGCGGUCCUGGAGGACGGGGGGCUGCUGGUGCAGCAGACGAAGAACAGCGACCGCACACCGCUGGUCUCUGUGCUGCUGGAGGGCCCACCUAACAGUGGGAAAACAGCGCUGGCUGCUAAGAUCUCUGAAGACUCACAGUUCCCCUUUAUCAAAAUCUGUUCCCCGGACAAGAUGAUCGGACACUCGGAGAUCGCCAAAUGCCAAGCCAUCAAAAAGAUAUUUGAUGAUGCCUACAAGUCCCAGCUGAGCUGUGUGGUUGUGGAUGACAUUGAACGUUUGUUAGAUUACGUGCCGAUCGGCCCUCGUUUCUCCAACCUGGUGCUACAAGCGUUACUGGUGCUGCUGAAGAAACCUCCUCCAAAGGGUCGUAAGCUGCUGAUCAUCGGCACCACGAGCCGUAAAGACGUCCUGCAGGAAAUGGAGAUGUUGGAUGCUUUCAGCACCACCAUCCACAUUCCCAAUAUCUCAGGGGGAGAGCAGCUGGUCGAAGCCCUGGAGCUGCUGGGCAGUUUCCAGGAUGUGGAGCGUGCCAGAAUAGCUGAAGCUGUGAAGGGUCAAACACUGUGGAUCGGCAUCAAAAAGCUGCUCAUGCUGAUUGAAAUGGCUGCACAGAUGGAUCCUGGCCACAGAGUCAGCAAGUUCCUGAGUCUACUGAAGGAUGAAGGAGGACUGGGUUCUUCUGCUAGGUCUAACUCGGCUUUUGACAAGUUUAUGGCGAUCUAGACUCAGUGGAGCCGCAGAGUGAAAAAGAGGCAUCCUUCAACGUUGCUGAGGAACGGAAGCCUGAAAGAGGCUGGCAGGAGGAAGCGAGCAAGAGAUAGUUUCCAUCUCUCUCUCUCUGCAUCCCUGAAGCUCUGUGCGCGUCUCUCUGCACUGCAGCUUUCUGCAGCAGCAGCAACCAACCAGACGACCUCCUCCUCUUCAGCACGUGUAAAAUAUGAGAUAUAAGCCGUGUUUGUGGUAUCUGUGUAUAUUGCAUUUGCAGAAGACUUGAGUGCUGUAAUCUCCAUGUGAUGCCCGGGCACUCCAUUGGGUUUUUAUAUAUAUAAAAGAGUGAAUUGUGCAUGCACGAACACUAAUCAUAACACAGUUUGUUCAUAUAGGCGUCAUUUGUAUGCACAGCUUUGUAAUCUGAUCAUUCCAGGACAUGUGGCGCCCUCACUUAAACAUCUUUUCCUAUCAUGUCAUGUACUUGCCUUUUUUAUUUUGUGAAUAAAUUUAAUUCUAUUACUACUACUAACAAGAAAACUUUCUAAAUUAAUGAUGAAAUUAAGUUGUUUCCAUGCAAAAGUACAGUCCAGUAAAAUGAAGAAUCUGUGGGUGUUUUUUGUUGAUUUAAGCUCCAAAUCGUCUCUAAGUUCCCUGCAGUCCCUCUGAACACACUGCCACACAAGAAGAAAAAUGAAUCCACCUCCAGUUGUUUUCAUUAUCAAGUGUUUUUCUCAUAAUUACGGCAUGUUGAAAUCCUAAAGACAUGUCUCUAUCAUAAUCAUCGGGUGUAAUUAUCUCGUAAUUAUGAAGAAAUUUGACAUCUCAUAAUGAGAUGAAGCUACUCAGACGCUCGCGGUUAACAUCGAUGUUGAGCAAUCAGUGAGUAAGAAAACAGUCGAGCAUUAAGCAGGAAGCUACUGCAGCACACCUGUCACUCAUCAUCAAUAGUUAAAGAGGUUUUAAUUAAGUAAUAACAUGUCAUUAAACAAAUAAUAACCAGGUAAUAUCUGGGAAAUAUUAGACAUCAAUUUAUUUUAAAUUUACUGGGUAAUAAGGGGCCAAACACAAAAGUUUAAUAACUGGGAAACAUGUUUAAAGAUAGCAACAAGGCAAAACUUUAAUAAUAGUCUAGUAAUAUUUAGGUAACAACAUGGUAACCUGCUAACAAUAAAACAUAUUGUUUUUGGAGGAUAAAAAAUAAUUUUUAAAAAAUGUAAUUUUUAGAAGCUGGUAUGAAAAUAGAUCCUUUCUGUGUGGAUUGUGCAGCGAUAUGACUCUGCAAAAGUUCUCAGAGGGCUGCUUUCCUAAACAAAUAACUGUAUUACAUAAUAUCUAACACUAUUAUACAUUAUUAUACCUUAUAUACAACAUGGGUGUCAUUAUUUCAGUUCUAACUUUAUCUAAAUUAGCUUUCAGUUUGAUUCAACAAAAUCAAAAUUUGACCAUAUAUGGGUAUAUGGCAGUCAUAUCACAGCUGGUACCAUGUAGCCUUUUCUUUUUUAAAGAAAUUAAACGUAAGAAAGUAGAAGUAUGGAUGAAGAAUAAAUUCAAAAUGUAAGUGACAGUUAUCCGGGUAUAAAAUCAGUGAUCUGUUGAUGUUUAUGAAUCAAGACAAAAAAAUUAAAUCGAAUCAUGACCGCAAAAUUGAAACUGAAUCAUGGAUUUGGAGAAUUAUAAAUGUCUCGCAUUGUCAACCACUUCUAGAAAUAAUAACUGAGGAAAUAUAUUAAUUAGAAAUAUAAUAAUAAACACCAUUUCUAAAUCACUCCACACUGUUAAUCUGUACACAUUAUAUGUUUAUUGCUGUGAUUGGUUACUUGGAAACACUUUCUGUGUAUUUAUGAAUCAGGGCUGCAAAAUGUUAAACUACCUAAUUAUCUAAUUACCUCUUUAUUAUUAAUCUUUAAAUAUCCCACUGUUGCUGUGCUGUAAUGGAAGUGCCUGCCACCAUAUUUUCUAAGUAACUCCUCCCUCAUAACUGUGCUGCAAAUGGAACUUCUGUUGCUACAACUUGUGGUUUUCUAUUUUUUAUAUAUAUAUAAGUGAAAUUAAAUAAAAUUGAACCAUUGA